UCUCUCUGCCCUGCACACCCAGCACCUCCCCUCCCCCUCGCAGUUUCCGAGUACACCGCCAUGUCUGCUUUGGGUCCAGUCCAGAUCUUCCAGGAUAACGCCACGGAGGAACGAGCCGAGAACGCUCGCUUGUCCGCCUUUGUUGGCGCCAUCGCCGUUGCCGAUCUCGUCAAGAGCACCCUUGGCCCCAAGGGCAUGGACAAGAUUCUGCAGUCGAUGAGCACCGGUGUCCCCACCGUGACCAACGACGGCGCCACGAUCCUCAAGUCUAUUGCCCUCGACAAUGCUGCGGCAAAAGUUUUGGUCAACAUCAGCAAAGUGCAGGAUGACGAAGUUGGCGACGGCACGACCUCGGUCUGUGUCCUUGCUGGCGAACUCCUGAGAGAAGCCGAGCGGCUGAUCAACCAGAAGAUCCAUCCCCAGACCGUCAUUGAGGGCUUCCGGAUUGCCUCGCAUGCUGCCUACGAGGCUCUGGAGAAGGCUACUGUUGAUAACAGCGCUGAUUCCGAGGCUUUCUACAAGGAUCUUCUGAACAUUGCUCGCACCACGCUGAGCUCAAAAGUCUUGUCUCAGGACAAGGAGUACUUUUCCAAGUUGGCUGUUGAUGCCGUUCUCCGUAUGAAGGGCAGCACCAACCUCGAUAACAUUCAAAUCAUCAAGAAAAGUGGCGGCAAGCUCGUCGACUCGUAUUUGGACGAGGGCUUCAUUUUGGACAAGAAGAUCGGUGUCAACCAGCCCACCCGCAUCGAGAAUGCCAAGAUCCUGAUUGCCAACACCCCCAUGGACACGGACAAGAUCAAGAUCUUUGGUGCCCGUGUCCGCGUUGACAGCACUGGCAAGCUUGCCGAGCUGGAGCGUGCCGAAAGAGAAAAGAUGAAGGAAAAGGUCGAGAAGAUCAAGGCCCACGGCAUCAACUGCUUUGUCAACCGCCAGCUCAUCUACAACUGGCCCGAGCAGCUCUUUGCCGAUGCCGGUAUCGUCUCGAUCGAGCACGCGGACUUUGACGGCAUCGAGCGCUUGGCUCUGGUCACUGGCGGCGAAAUCGCCUCGACUUUUGACCACCCCGAGUUGGUCACUCUUGGCGAGUGUGACUUGAUUGAGGAGGUCAUCAUCGGCGAGGACAAGCUGAUCAAGUUUUCUGGAGUCAAGGCCGGCGAAGCCUGCACGAUCGUUCUGCGAGGUGCCACUGGUCAACUCCUGGACGAGAGCGAGCGAUCGCUGCACGAUGCCCUCUGCGUCCUCUCCCAGACUGUCAAGGAGCCCCGCACUGUCCUUGGCGGCGGCUGCAGUGAGAUGCUCAUGUCCAAGGCCGUCGAUGACGUGGCUCGAUCGACCUCGGGCAAGAAGUCGAUCGCUGUCGAGGCCUUUGCCCGCGCCCUGCGCCAGCUGCCCACGAUCCUGGCUGACAACGCCGGAUACGAUAGCUCGGACCUGGUUGCGCAGCUGCGUGCUGCCCACAACAGCGGCGACUCGUUCGCUGGUCUGAACAUGGCCGAGGGAACGAUCGGAGACAUGCGCGAGCUCGGCAUCACCGAGUCCUUCAAGCUCAAGAAGCAGGUUCUGCUCUCUGCCUCCGAGGCCGCCGAGAUGAUCCUCCGUGUCGACGACAUCAUCCGAUGUGCCCCCAGACAGCGAAAUCGGGAGUAGGCCAUCGUGUAUGCGCAAGAUCCAUCAAUACACAUGUAUUUCGAGCCUG